AUGGACGAGACCGGAUUUCGAACCGGAGAAGGCAAGGAUAAAUUGGUCAUCACUAGACGAAACGGAGCUCAUUAUUUUGGCAUUCCCGAGAAUAGGAAAUCCGCUGCUGCCACUGAGGCUAUCUCUGCAAGUGGGCACUUCGUUCUGGCCUUCUUAAUUCUGUCAGAGCAAAUGCACAUGGCUUCAUUGUAUGAGAUAUCGGAGCUAGAUGCUGACACAGCCAUCCAACCUACCCCUACGGGCUACUCGAAUAACGAAAGUAGUCUGGAGUGGCUUCAACUUUUUGACAAACAUUCAGCAGACCUCAAAAGUUCGAGGCGUCUCCUGAUUCUUGAUGGCCACGGCUCACACCACACGAGGCAGUUCACCGAGUAUUGCGAUGAACACGACAUCAUUCCCUUUGGCAUGCCUCCGAAUCUCACGCACGUACUCUAA